AGGAAGGAGUCGAAGGAGCCCGAUGGCCGGGUGCUAGUGCAAGGUACUUUCCCCCGCGUGUCCUCGAUGUAACAUCUCAUCUACAAGCGGCUAAUCCUCCUGGGUUUUAGCUUGGUUACUCGAAGAAGAUUGCAUCGCGAAUUUAGGCAGCAGACAUGUUGCUGUGCCGCAAGGCACCACGGCACAGCAAACAAAUGGUCCGCCAGCAAUUAAACUGGUGAAACUUGAAGGAAGGAAUAAGGAAAUUUCGCUUGGCAUUUCCUUUGCCGCAUGGUAAAAAUUCGCGAACUUAAACUAUUUAAAUGGGUAUGAUGUCCCUCUUUGUCCCAAGUCUUGUGAAUUUCUCAGAAGUUGAGCGUUUUCAAAAAUAUAGUUUACUGCCAGGGAUAAGUUGUUCCAACAAACCGAGAGAUCAGCAUCGAAGACAAGACUAGGUUCUCUAUUUGAGCUCACUCAACCAUGCAUCUCCUCAAACUCAUCUCCCUCACAACGGCCAUAGCGCCAACAGCCUUUGCCCAGCUCUGGUUCGGCACCACCCUCCCAACCUCGACCGCCGCCGACGAAUACCUCUCCCAACACGUCAAGUCCGUCCCAAGCACCGUCACCGGCGCCGUAGCAACCUCUCUCGCGACGGCUCUGUACAGCGUCGACCAAAAGUACUUCAACGACAAGGAGUGGACGACGGUCUACUCCCACAUGUGGUCCGCCGCCGCCAAGGCCACCGACGCGCCCGACGUCGUCGCCUCGAUGGCGGUCAACGGGUAUAGCCUGGACACCCAGCAGGAGGCUAAGUGGUGGAAGGAUAACGUGCCGGAUAAGGACGACAAGUGGGUUUCGUCGUAUGUUUCGGAUUGGCAGAAGGCGUGGCAGGAUAAUACGGCGGCGACGAAGACUUCAAAGGGCGGUGCUGCUGGUAUGGCGAGGUGUACUGGGAUGGCUAUGGCUGGUGUGGCCGCUGGCGUGGCUGCUGGGGUUAUGGUCGCGAUGUAA